AUGUCACGCAAUCGGUUCCAAUUAUUGCUAAAAUUUAUUCACUUCGCCGACAACGUGAGUGCCCGAAUUCCGGGAGAAAUAUUGGCUGUUGAUGAGAGCAUGAUUCCCUGGCGAGGAAGGCUCCAGUUUCGUCAGUAUAACCCUAGGAAAUCUCACAAAUAUGGAGUAAAGGUGUACAAGCUCUGUGACACUAAUGGAUACACAUACACCAGCUCAAUUUAUGCCGGAAAAUGUGAUAAUAACAAUCAGAGAGGAAGACCAACUGAAAGCACUUCACACAGCACCCAAAUUGUGUUAGACCUUGCUGAUCGGUAUUUGGGCAAAGGCAGAACAAUGACCACCGAUAAUUUUUAUACAUCAUUAUCGCUGGCCAAGCAUCUGAUUGAGCGUGAAACACACCUAGUUGGAACAUUGCGAAAAAAUAGAGCUGGAAAUCCAAAGGAUGUGACAAACGCUAAACUAAAAAAAAACGCUAUUAUUGGGCGUGAAAACUCGGGAAUAGUGAUUGCAAAGUGGAAGGACAAACGUGACGUGCUUAUGCUUAGCACGAAGCACGACUUAGAGGUUAUUUCCACGGGUAAGAAAAAUCGCAACGACGAUGAUAUAAAGAAAUUGAAGAUGAUCAUGGAGUACAACAAAGGCAAACAAGGGAUAGACAUUUCAGAUCAAAUGGCUUGCUAUUUCACGCCAUUACGUAAAACAAUAAAGUGGUACCAUAAGAUCGCAUUCGAGUUUUUACUAAGUACAUCUGUUGUAAAUGCAUUGGUGAUUUUCAAACAGUUCCAUAAAAAUGCACAAAUACUUGAAUUUAGACAAUCGAUCUGCGAAUCUCUUUGUCAACUUGAGUUGGAACCAUCGACUUCUGCCAACAUAAAAGUCAACCAUGUUAUAAAAGAGUUUGAAACUCGAGACAAAACAAAUCGAAAAACUCGAAAACGUUGUUCCAGUUGCUACAACGAUAUUCAGGAAGAGGAAGGCAGAGUUGCAGCUCAAAAAAAGGCGAAGAGGGUGUCCACAUAUUGUGACAGUUGUGAUGGUAAACCCGCAUUAUGCUUGGAUUGUUUCACCAAAAAACAUUAA